AGUUUCCAUAGGUUAUAAAUAACGGGCAUUGGUAGUUAGUCCAUAAAACAGCUGACCCAUUCUUACGACUAGUGGAGAUGGCAGAUCUUGGUCUACUGGUGUUGCUGGCUUGCGUUGGGGUGUCCCAGGCUUUGAACAAUGGCGUCGCCCUGACCCCGCCCAUGGGUUUCCUGGACUGGGAGAGGUUUCGGUGUAACACGGACUGCGUCAAUGACCCGGAUAACUGUAUCAGCGAGAAGUUGUUCAUGAAGAUGGCAGACAUUAUUGCGGAGGAGGGUUACCGCGAGCUCGGCUACGAAUACAUCGGCAUCGACGACUGCUGGCCCUCCAAAUCCCGGGACGCUGAUGGUAACCUCGUGGCAGAUCCAGAGAGGUUCCCUAAUGGAAUCCUAGGUCUCUCUGAAUAUGUCCAUUCCCGUGGGCUAAAACUGGGUAUCUAUGAAGACGUUGGUACCAAGACCUGCGCAGGGUACCCUGGGAGUCAGGACUACAUUAAGCAAGACGCCGAGACAUUUGCAAAAUGGGAACUAGAUUUACUCAAGUUUGAUGGCUGUAACACAGACCCGAACCGCUCGGCAAUACAUUUCCCCUUAAUGAGUCAAAGUCUGAACGCGACUGGCCGACCUAUCCUCUACACGUGCGAAUGGUGGAGUGGAGACCAGACCCAGCACUCCCACUACACCCGCAACAGCGAGUACUGCAACAGCUGGAGGACCUUCAACGACUUAGAGGACAGCUGGCCCUCCGUCCUCGGCGUGAUCCAACACUAUGCCAAAAACGCCGGGGAUUUCAUCUCAGUAUCAGGUCCAGGGUCCAUCAACGAUCCAGAUGAGCUGAUUAUCGGGGACUUCAGUCUGAGUUAUGACCAGGAGAAGGUUCAUUUCGGGAUGUGGGCGAUGUUUGCCGCCCCACUCUACAUAUCCGCAGAUCUGAGGACCAUGAGACCACAGGCCAAGUCCAUUCUACAGAACAAGGGCGUCAUUGCCAUCAACCAGGACCCACUCGUAAAGGGAGCUAAGAUGAUAAAGGAGAUUCAAAACGUGCAGGUCUGGCUGAAACCUUUGGUCAAACCCGGAAGUUAUGCAGUAGCUUUCUUCAACCCGAACUCAGCUGGAACACCAACACGCAUGUCCUUGACCCUAGCGGACAUCACAUUGGCCAAUCAGAAUGGCUAUAACGUUACUAACGUUUUUGAUGACGUCAGUAUGGGCAUGUACAAGCCGAGCGGUCAGUUCAAUGUGACUGUCAACCCUACGGGGAUUGUGCUGGUCCGGGCAAUGCCUCUUUGAUAUGCAUAGCAUAAGGCAAUAUUAUCUCACCGAUGUUUAAAGGUCAUUUGUACAUAAAUACUAAAACACGUGAGGAUUAGCUUGGCCUGUUUUUGUGCGAUAAAAACUGAAGGUUCCUUAUGCAUAGGACAUUUAAUGCUGUAGAUGAAAUGAAGAUUUCAUGUGUCCGUUUACAUUGAAAUGAAAUCGACUAAUGACGUGCUGUAAGUCCAUUUUUGGAGAAUAUACACAUAAACAUAUAUACACAUACAUAUAUUUCAGUGAAACGUGACACUACGUUACAGAUCUUCCAAUGGUGUUCAUAUUGAGGUCAUAGAGGUCUAAUUUUACAGAGGUCUAACUUUAUAUCAGGAUAUAAGACAGAAGAACAGAGAGAGACCGUGUACACAUUCCGCAAACACAAGAUCCCAGAACCAUUUGUAACGCUCUCGCCACCCACCUUGAUACAUGCGCAGCUGGGAAAGACAUCAAGUUUAAGAUAUUCCCCUUUCACCAACUACAUACUAAUGAUGUUACAAUGACUAAAAUUAAAGAACAACAUUUCAUAACUAUUCGACGUCACAAUUGGAAAACUGUCACAUUAGGACGUCACAAUUGGAAAACUGUAACAUUGGAAAAAUGUAACAUUGGAACGUCAAAGCAACGUCACAUGAACUGUAACAAAUGACGUCCCAGAAGAUGUCAAUGAUGCAUGUUCGAAGGAUUUUUGCGAGUGUGUGUGUGUGUUCGUGCGUUCGUGCGUGCGUGCGUGCGUGCGUGCGUGCGAGCGUACGUGUGUGAACUUCAUAGAAAUUGCGUGAGAUCUGCCUAACGUGAAAUAACCUUGAAAUAAAUUCGCUGGCGACAGAAA